CGGGUCGUAGCCUCAUGGCGCCCACGGUUGCUGUAGAAACCUGGUCCAUGGCGGCGCCCAGACAGGCGUCCAACCGCAACGUGCAGCGCGAGGAAGCGGGAAGCUCCGCGGACUUGUCGGGCUCUUCGCGGCCUCCUGUACCCGCAGUGUCGCCCGCGCAGGUCGCCGAGCCGCCGGGGAAGAACCUGUGGGAGCAGAUCUGCGAGGAGUAUGAAGCUGAGCUGCCUACUUUUCCAGAAGGAUAUAAAGUAAAACAGGAAGCUGCUGUUACAGUGAGCUCGGUCACACCAUUGGAGGAACUGGUCCCUCAUGGCUUCAACAUGGAGCAUUACCUCCCAGUGCACCAGUUCCCAGUGAUGCCACCUGUGCCCUGUCCUCCCAAGAAGGCAGAAACAGUCGAGCCCAAGACCUGUUCCCCCAAAGAUUAUCUGGAAAUGUUCAUCUUUCCGGUGCUGCUCCCUGGAAUGGCCAGCCUGCUUCACCAAGCAAAGAAAGAAAAAUGUUUUGAGAGGAAGAGAACCAAAUUCAUUGCCUGCGAUUACCUGACUGAAUGGCUGUACAACCAGAAUCCAAAGAGGGCAGGGGAGCCAUUUACAGAAUUCUUCUCCAUCCCGUUUGUAGAGGAAUGGCUCAAGCAGCACCCGCGGCCACCAAUCCCCAUCUCCCUGCUACUGACAGAGGAGGCAGCAGCAAUCAGCAUCCAGGCCUUCUGGAGAGCCUAUCUGGUUCGCUGCAUCCCUGAGAUCCAGGAGCUGCGGCAGUGGCAGAAGAAGCUGCGUGAGGACAAGCACAUUCGCCAGCGCGUGAAGGUCUUCUGGGCCAAGCAGGAGCAGAAACUGAAAUGUAAAAUGGAGGACGAGGAAGAACUUGGUGCCUCGGUACCAUCUCCUUAAUGGAUGUCAGCCACUCCACAUGGAAUGAUAAUGUCCCAACAAAGAAUAACGCACUUUCCCUAUUAUGAUCUGUUUAACAAGCUUUAGUAUGGUGGAUACAGAAGCCUUUGUACGUAGGUAGGAUUUGUUGCAGACAAGCCUAAGCAGUUUAGGAAAGUACCCUUAGCUUCCUGCCUUACCCCCGAUACUGCUUUUUCAUCCAGACACCUUCUCUACUGUGUGACUACCCUUUUGAGCCAUUGCUAUUGAAAUGCGUAGUGAUGAUGUCCCUGUGACACCAGUUUCCCCACUUUUGCCAAGAUCUGUAUUUUAACUUCAGAUCUGUUAGUUUGUUUUGAGGGGUGUUGAGAUAAGGAAAAAUGGGGCAAUGCUCUAGCACUGAGCUGUGUUUCCAGCCCAAGAAGAGUCAGUCAUUGGUAAGGAUUUCCAUUGUCAAAGCUCCAGAGUCCUACAGAGGCACCCGAUUAACUUAAUGGUCUUCAUCUAUUCUGUGGCUGCUG